AUGCGCCAAUCCGAGUCGAAUGACGGUUCCGAUAGACGGCAAAGCCUACAGAUGAAUGAAGGACGCGAGAGCGGGGAGUUGGAGGGCAGUACGCUCACGGGCAGCUCUCGCGACGCGGACCAAGGCAGUCGGGCUCAACGACGUGUGCAGAACUCCAGCGGUUUCCUCCUCGAUUCAUCGUUCUUGCCGAGAUCCAAAAGCCUCCGAAAUAGCUACCACUUCCCACGUCGUUCAGAACCGGACCGCAGAGAGAAGCGCGGAGUCCCCGAUAACGAUGUCGUCAAAGCGAAGAAACGGUCGCGCUUUCCCUGGACUCGCCAAAAGGAUGCAUCGAAUGAGUCGCCAUCUCAAUCAACAGAGGGGGAAACAAUUCAAGAGACACCUACAUCCCACGUCCAGCAGGAAGUGAGGCCACAAGAAUUACAACCCACAACAGCCGACCAACGAUCCUCGAUGGGCUUGGAUAGGGACUCGCUACAAAUUGUCAACCUGGCCUUGAACUUGAGUGAAUCAAGGAAAACCAACACCCUUGGUCGGUCGGCGUCGCAUCGUGUUUCCAGUGGUCGAUGGGCCCCGACAACCGGUCCACCCCCGGCUCCUCAUACUGAGAGCCACCCACCACUUGCUGUUGGUGGUCUGGGCCAUGAUAACCUUCACCCACGUCGCAACUUCACGCAUUCUUCCAACGAGGAUCGCACGCAAACUAUUGGAUUAUGGCGUGCCAGUUCCACGGUCAACGCGGCACCCUCUGUGUUAAGUCUUUUGCCUCAAUCUGCAGAAGCUAAUACCUUGCCACCUGUGUUUUCAGAAAGCACACUUGCCCGAGCCGAACACGCUAGGCAGCACUUUGAGUUAUUCACCGAAUAUCUACGCCUCCUUCCUUCCCUCCCUCCUCUGCAGUCUACUGAUGGCAAUGCCGCAACUGAAUCCAAACCUGUCAGUGACGAUGUUUCAACCGCAGGGCGGUCUCACAAUCCUUUACAGUCGAUCCGUAACCGGAAAGUCAGAUUUCGAGAGCGGUGUCCGAUCGAUCCGGACGGAUAUGGGUGGAAUGACAUUGAUAACGUUCGAAGUUGGGUUGACUCGGUUGAGACCAAGUACGGUCGACAAGAUCACAGCCCUUCACAGUGCCUUAAGCUGCCCCCACUUCCUCAUCGGCCUUCAGAUGUAUCUCAGAAAGAGCCCAAUGAAGAUGAAGCCUGGGCUGGCUCCCCUCCUUCAAGCUUGAGGCGAGCUAGCCGUACUAGCAGCAUCAAGGCCCGCAGACCAAGACUCGACUGGAUCGUAUCGCCAUCGGAGUUGCUUGCCGAUGCAGCAUGGGUUGAACACGCCCCAAAUAAGAGCAAAAUUAUCGAUAGAGAAGGAAACAAUCUUUAUCCGGAUCCCACCAUGCUGGUCGAUCAUGAUGCUAAUCCGAGCGUCCCAACCUUUGAACAGCCGACUCUGCCCACAAGGGACUCUCUAGAUGCCGAAGGAUAUACUUCCCGUACCUCGAUGUCUGAUACGCAUCCUGGGUUGGCGACUGAAUUCAAAAGAAUUGGUCGUGGGAGACGACGGCAUAGAUUCCGAAGUCCCUCGCCUAUUCUGUCAAGCCACAGUGUCUCGAAGAAAGGGUCGUCGAUCUCCAGGAGACGCAAACUAGGAAAGGCGUCGAGCAGCUCGUCGAGUGUAUCAUCCCUAGAUGCGAUACCGUCUUGGACUGCGCGCAUGGACGAUGUACUGCGCUCCGGGCGAUCCAUUUCUCCAACAACCGGCUUGUUGAAACCGCGAGGGUCGGAGGCAUCUCAUGGAGAAAGGUUUGCAGAUCGUACGGUCAUACCAGCGCAGAGCUCUGCUGGCAGAGCUAAGGUUGAGGAGAAGAGCGGCUCGAUAUCCUCCGCGCCGAGCCGAGAGGAUCGGUACGGCCCUCUACCAUCGUUUGCAACAAUAGAUUCUAAGGCACCCAGUACGCCGCUUCAUAUGGGUUAUUUCCCCAGCAUUGCUUCGAACUUGUCACCUCCUUCUAGUCGCUCUCCAUCGCCUUCCAAGGGACGGCUUUCACGGACCAUUGCUUCUCGUAAUGACCAGGUCAAGCACAAUGAUCCAAAAUCGAAAGAACUCGCAGACGAAAGCUCCGUUGGCCCGGAAACUCUGCGUAACAACAGUGCUUCGAAGCCUUCGGAUACCUUUCUUUCCCCCGGAAGAACCGAGUCAAGUCCUCUUCCGGACCGAGUUUCUCCUAUUCAUCAUGGUGAACACGGAAGACCCAGCUUACAUGCUCGAAAGGGGUCAAUGCAACAUGAAUCUAAAUUGCGCGGUAUUUUGAAAGGACCCGGGAAGAUUGCAGAAAAAGUCAGCAAUGAGGUGUCGAAAAUGGGAGGCCUUAUAUUGAAGAAAGACAACACUGAACAUUCUCGGCAAUCGUCUCUCGCCACCAAUGCUACUACAGACGAAGGCGAUGUGUCUGAUAGCAUGGGACAAGCUAAGAAAAGCAAAGACUCUCGUAUUGAGGAAAUGAAAAGAAACAACAGCACCCGUUCGGCGAUUCCUCCACAGCAAAGUUUUGUGUCGUCAGAUGAAGGGAAUCACUUUGCGCACAGAGCAUCGGACAAUGCAGCUGCAGAGAUACCUGUACCGUCACCAGCAGCUGUUGUCUCUCCUCAAGGCGACGUGGAAGAGGAGCGCAAGGCGCCCGAACAAGAUGUUCUAUCCAAGGAUGAUAUAUACUCACAAUCACACGACUUGAAGGAGUCACAAAUGACUGGCAAAAGCCUCUCAACUCCCCUAAUCAACAAACCCAAUACCAAUGUCCCUGGAGGACGACCUGAGAAAGCUCUUAGUUUUGGUCCGGAACUACACACUGUCAGGGAACAGAUUAAAAAGGGCAGAAUUAAGGACCCGUCGGUCCCCUUCAGCAUGACGCAUCCUCCCAUCACCGGCCUUGCGCAAGCAAAAGUCUCUCCUGCUUCGUCGUUCCAGGAGAGACAGCCCACUGCAACGAAUCAGUCACGGAGCUGGAGUAUUUCUAACCGAAGUAUAUCUACUAGUAUCGAUACUGGAAUUCCUAGCAAACGAGAAACUGAGCGCACGCGUGCUCUCCUACUUUCCUCCGGGAUCAAAGCGCGGGAGAUUACUCGGCGGGCUGAAAGUGUACGGAGCCCACUUGAUUUCCUCCGCCACGCCUUUGGGCCCAACAGCUCUAUUCCACCGAUUCCUCGGUAUCACGAGUAUGAGCUGGCCGUGCAGACCUUAGGCCGAAGAGUUGAAACGUCGCACGAUCGCUUCCAGCAGUCCAUCAAGAAUUACCCCGGACAUGACUCGUCGUCCUUGAAGGUCCGUCUCAACGAGCUUGAGGAUAUGGUCAACAAUUCAUUGAACCCGCGUGUCCGAGCUGCAGCGGAAGAUGCCGAGAAUCUCAGUGUUCAACUCAACACGACCAGUACUCUCGCGGUCAAGCAAUUGAAUGACACGCUUGACAAGGGUAUCCGAAAACGCCACCGGCGGUUGCGUUGGAUUCGCCGUGCUGGGUUCGGAAUGCUUGAAUGGGCGCUCGUGGGAAUCUUAUGGUGGGUCUGGUUAAUUGUCAUGGCCUUCAAAAUCAUUCGCGGGGUUCUUCGCGGCGUGUUUUCUGGGGUCCGGUGGGUCUUAUGGCUAUGA